UGUACCACUCUAUGAUUGUUCUCAUAAUCUGAAACCACUGUAUAAAAUUUAUCGAAUGAGAAAACAUUUUCCGGGAAAAUGCAGAACCAGGACGACAUUCGCAACCUCCCUAUCGACAUAGCAUUUGCUCGUCUCGGAGAAUGGUUGGUUGAUCGGAAGAGAAUACCAUUCGAUUGGCGAAAACGAUUGACCGCAGUGAGAGCUAAGAUAUCGACGGUCUUUCCCUCGCUGCCGAAGGACACUGAUCCUUUCUUCCUAACCCUAGACCCUGAAGGAAUUGGUUACUUAGAAGCCAAGCAAAUAUAUGACAUUCUUCUGAAGUCCACUCCAGAAAGCCGUAAUAUUUUUGGGCGGCUUUCGGGUGCUGCUGGUGUUUGGGAGGCCAUUGUGCGAGCUUUUGAGAAAGAUUACAUUUUCCUUGGGGAGGCUGCUCAGAUAAUGGUCCAAAAUGUUAAUUAUGAAAUUCCAUAUCAGAAAAAACAGGUGCAAAGGACUCAACAACAACUUGUGGAACUAGAACGCAAGGAAGCUGAUAUCAAAAGAAAUGCAGCUCUUUCAGCUGCAAAAUAUGCAGAGGCUUGUCAAGAACUGGGACUGCAGGGAGUAAAUGUGAGGUCAGAACUGUUAGAAGCUGCGACAAAGUUGCUUCCAGACACAUUUAGUAGGAUUCUGGAAGUUCUGAAUGGUGAUUCUGUGUCGCGGGCUAUUGAGUUUUAUGCAAACAUUGUCAGAGAUGCUCACACUGAAAAGGAUAAAGCUACAGGGACUGUGUUACCUAAUCUAAGGGACAUUCUUAAAAACCCUCCUUCUCUGAAUGUUUCCCUAGGCUCUGAAGUUCCUGAUUCUGUAAACGUUCCAGCACAUAUCAAUGAAUCAAACUAUGCGACUGGGGACAUGGACGUUGCAGCUGAUAGUAUUGACUGGGAUAUUACUUUGGAGAGCUCUCAGAUUGAUUGGGAUGUUGGUACUGUUGAAGAAACUGAAGAUACUGGCAAUGGAUUAGGUCCUUAUGAAAUUGUUAAUGCCAGUGAGGUUUUACAAAACUCUUCACCUAGCGAUGGCGUGGGUAAAGAGGAAAAUGGCUUGGGGACAGGUAUUUCUGCAUCAGAGAUAUCUUGGGAUAUUAGUGUUGAGAGUCAUCAAGUUGAUUUAAUUGAAGAUGCUGGUCCAGAGCCACAUUCAUCUGUUCCAAAUACUUCAACUAAAACCCAGGAAAUUUCAAAAGACAGGAGUCUGCUCUUGGAGACGGAGUACAGAAAAAAGAUUCUUGAUGAUUUAUUUGAGAUUAAAGCAUUUUUGAAUCAACGGUUAAUGGAGUUGACGAAUGAAGAAACUUUGUCCUUACAACAUCAAGUCCAGGCAGUUGCUCCCUUUGUGUUGCAGCAAUAUGUUUCUGAUGCAAUUCAGGAGAUGCUAUCUGAUGUUUCCUCGGCCAUUUCUUUGCUGACAAAUAGGAAAACACGGGAUUUGAUUAUGAUUCUCAACUCUAAAAGAUUUCUAGAUAGGCUCGUAAGUACAUUGGAGGAAAAGAAGCGUCAUGAAGUGAAGUUAAGAGAGGGCUUGAAGGACUUGUCUAUCAAACGCAUGGAGCUGCAGAAUUCGUUAUCUUCAUCGUGGCCAAAACAAGAAGCAGCUCUGGCGAAAACUAGGGAACUGAAAAGGCUUUGCGAGAGUACAUUAUCGUCUAUGUUUGAUGGAAGACCUGUCAAUAUUAUCGGAGAGAUCAAUACCCUGUUGAGUAGUGGUGUCAGUUCAUAAACUCUUUAAGCAACUUUGCGUUACUUGAAGCUGUUUUGUGCUUCUUAUUCUCACACAGAAGUAACAGGUUUACUUGGCAGUUAAAUGCUGUUGUUGCAAGCAAUUAUCAGUUGAUGACCAAAAUACACAGUUUCAUAGUGCAAGCAAUUAUCAGUUGAUGACCAAAAUACACAGUUUCAUAGUGCCCUUUGGCAUUUCCUUGUUAGCAUCUUGAGUAGCUUAGUUCUAAUGUAACACUGUUGUCACUAGAAAUCUGUUGCCAUCCAUAAAAAAUAAUCAUUGCUUAUGAAAAACAAUGAUUGUAUCUAGCACACUGAAGAUUUUCUGAAGUUAUUUCAGCAUCUAAAGGUGGCAUUUUAUAGGAUGGAGCUCUCAAUUUGUUCUUUUAA